CGCCUUAUACUCGGUUAUAUCUACAAACCUAACAGUGAUGUAUGUGUGUGUAACUAACGUAUACUUGGUUGUAAUGCAGUAUUAAAAAGUGGUGCAUUACUUUGCAGUUAACAUUCUGUUAAGUUUAUAAUUGAUUUAAACAAUCUACACAUGUAGCAAAACAUGUCAGUUUUGAGAAGCUCUUCAAUGCAGCAACAAAUAUGGUAUUUCGGAAGCCUUGAGCGAAUAGUGGCUGAACAAAUUCUGCAACCAACGUCUGAAGGAACAUUUUUAGUCCGAAACAGUAAAAGUAUUCUUGGAGAUUUCGUGCUUUCAGUAAAACAGAAAGAGGAAGUUAUUCAUUACAUAAUACGACGAGAGCACAGCAAACUAGUGCUUAAAAACCACGUAUUUUUAUCAAUGGUGACAUUGCUUGAACAUUACAAGACCCACUUCGUAGGCGAAGGACGUUUAAUAAAACCAAUGAACAAAUUCAAUUGUCAAUUGUGGAUGGAAACGCAGAAUACUGAGGGCAGUUCGACAGAUUGGAGUUUGUUUGCAGAUCCAACAAAACCAUCGUUGCCUCCUCCGUUACCACGGCGGGACAUGGCGACGAUGCGUCUACCGUUCCUGGUUCGUGUCUCCGCAGAUUUCGUCGCAAAAAAUGGCAAUCAACUCUCUUGUGUUUGCAACGAGGAACUAGAGGUGUUUGAAAUCAUUGACAAACAUUGGUGGCGAGCGAGAAAUGGUUUGGGAAAGAUGGGAAGAGUGCCAUCGACAUGCGUGGAGUUUUUAACGUCAAAAGUUGUGAUGGAACACGAAGAGAAAGGCAAAAAGCGGAAAAUAUCAAAUUUUAUAUCAAAGAAAUUUAAAUCAUUAAAUACGGCGAACGAAACUAUGCAACCGCACAAUAAGUAUGGAAAUCCAAGUAUUCGACAACCGAUCUAUGCUAAAGUGGUGAAGAAGUUGAAGCCUAAACCGAACGAUAGAAUUAGUCUACAACUAAAGGUUGGAGACAUUGUGACCAUCAUUAAAAUUUAUCCGAACAAUAUCAUGGAAGGAAUCGUUAACACAAAGCAGGGAAAGUUUCCAGCAGGUCAUGUUAAAGUAAUCGAAGAACCUAUCGAGGAGAGUGAGGAAGAGAGUUCAUAAGAUUAAAAUGAAAAAAGGAAUAACAGGCGUUAUCACCUAUUGUUUAUUCUCGCGUGGGUUAAUAAGGAUUUAUACGUCGACCCUGCAUGACAUGCAGAGGUCUGUUGUACAACUUUAAAAGUAAUAAUAUUUUUUUUAUAAAUGUCUACUCAUUUUUAUGAACCGCUAAUAACUCUCUGGAUUAGCAGAAGCACACGAUAUAUAUAUAUAUAUAUAAUAUAAGCCAAAUAUAUUAGCCACACGUUUACCAUCUUCGGUUUAAUUAUUUUAUUUGAACGUUUUACGAAAUUAUUCUUUAGAAUAAAUCAAUUGUUCUU